AUGGUAAUUUGUAUGCACAAAGAACAAUCUGAACUUUUAAACGAAAUCAAGUAUAUUGAAAUAGAUUCAUCUUUCAAGAGAAUUAAUACAACAAUAAAUGGUUACUCUAUCAAAGAAUUUGAAAUUUGUUCAUUUGUUGAAAGAUAUCAGAAAACCUUAACAUUUGUAAGAGUUUUUUUGAAUAUUGAAACAAAAGAGGCAUAUAAAUGUAUGUUUCAAGAAAUAUUUAAUAUAAUUGAAUAUGACACAGGAAAAACAUUUAAAUUUCGUCAUAUUGAUGGAGAAGGGCUAGGUUGUAUAUUGGCUGAUGAGCAUCAAGGACAAGCAUUAG